UGAUGAGUAUGAUGCUCGCGUUUAGGCUCUUAAAGCUUCCCUGCAUCUUUGCCGCUAGCACAACACCCAAUGGAGAUGCUGCGAAUUCUGGUGCUCCUGCUAACUCCUUGCCUGGUUGCAGCAAGGAGCAGCAAAAGAGGCAUCGCAAAGGCCAACCUGGCCGAACACCAGCUGCACGCACUGAAGCAGGGUGUGUCCUGGGGCUACAACUGGCAAAUAUCUCCGCGCAGCCAGUGGCACCACGCAGGCAUGGACUUCUUCCCAAUGGUGCAUGAUGGCGGCUUCCCGCGCUGGGGCGGAGGUGGCAACUUCCGGGCUUUGCUCGGCUUCAACGAGCCUGACAUCCACACGCAGGCGCACAUGAACCCCUGGCAUGCGGCAGCCAUGUGGCCGGAGGUGGAGCGUGUUGCUCGCAACCUCGGCGUGCAGAAGCUGGUUAGCCCGGCGAUGUGCGGUGACAUUGGCAAGGGUAUGGCCUGGAUGCAGCAAUUCCUGGAUGCUUGCAAGGGGUGCCGCGUGGAUGCUAUUGCCAUCCACAGCUACUGGUGCAGCCUGGGGGGCGUGCAGAACCUCAUCAACAGCUACAAGCGCUUCGGCAAGAAGAUUUGGCUCACCGAGUUUGCUUGCGCAGCUCCUGGAGUGGACGUCUCAAUGCAGGGCCAGAUCAAAUUCAUGAAAGAGGUUGUUCCGUGGCUGGAGCAGGAAGAUGUCGUUGAGAAGUAUGCUUGGUUCAGCUACUUCACGCACGAGUGGUCGUAUGGUAUCACCAAUCCCAAUCCGGACGCCGGCCUGGUGGACUGGAAUGGUGGACUUUCCGAGCUUGGCCGAGUCUACGUCAGCCUAGGUGAGAAUGGUCGACGCCUGGCAGACAGCAACGCAACCAACGAGACGGCUGCUCUUGAUGCAGACUUCAACGAGACACAGCCAGUGUUGGUCUAACCAUGCAGACGUGAGCCUUUGCUCUUUCUCCUUGAAUGACCUGGGCCACGCAUGAUGGUUGGUGAACCGGCACGGGUCGGCUGAGUGUAUCAAGAGUUUGCAAUAGGUGAUAAGUGACAAUUGAAAGUCGUGCCGCUCGUGUAAAUCCUCAUUUUGAGCAGCCUAGCAGUGCGCUUUGCUGCGGAAUUCUGCCAGCCCAUGAACAUCAUGGCAUGAUCACAGAUUGCAAUUCAAGCUGCAGGUUUUGGCUACUUGCACGGCGCAUCAGAUCUUUAAUGGAUUCAGGUGCAAUUCUCUGAGAUGGAAAUACCUCAAAGCUGAAGGACAAUAAACUUCAGCAGAGGCCAAGUUCAUCCUUGUGGUGGUACAAAGCCACAUUUUUCUGGAUGGACUACAAAGCAGCACUCAGCUGCAAAUCUGCCCUGCACAUUCCGCAUAUUGAGCGGACCGCAUAUUGAGCGGACAAUUCGGAUGCUUGAUGGAUGCCUUGUUUUCGAGCUAAAAUAUGCUGCGGUGGCCCUAAGUAUUGCAAUAGUUUGCGUCUGAGCAUUCACAAUAUUUGGAGAUAAUUUUAGUGCUGAGUUGGUUCUUGCAUUGUGCUUGCAUUGGAUGCGUCUGAGAGGGGGGACUGGCUGCCCUGACGUGUGCUUGACUGCAGCCCGAUGGGACAAACAUUUAUCGAAGACAGUCGGCAGUUGUGUGGUUUCCUGUACUUUGCAGUCCCUUGCGUUGGGUUCUUUGUGGAAUGCGGAUACAAUGCGGUA